AUGUCAACCAGUACCAUGAAAGCAGUGGUGCUCCACGCCCACGGCGGCCCGGAGGUGCUCAAGGUCGAGCAGCGAGCCAUCCCCAAGCCCGAGGCUGGCCAAGUGCUCAUCCGCGUCAAGGCAUUCGGGCUCAAUCGCUCUGAGAUGUUCACUCGCCAGGGCAACGGUCAAUUUUUCAGCGUCAACUUGCCCCGAAUCUUGGGCAUUGAAGCCACGGGUAUUGUCGAGCAUGCCCCCGGCGGCGAGUUUGAGAAGGGUCAGAUUGUCAUGACUGCAAUGGGGGGUAUGGGCCGUCGGUUUGACGGCGGAUAUGCUCAGUACACGGUUGUGCCUACCAACCAGGUACAAGUCAUCACGACGCCAACGAAACUGGGUUGGGAUGUUCUCGGCGCCAUACCGGAAAUGAUUCAGACAGCCUACGGCUCAAUCACAAAGUCAUUGAGCGUGAAAAAGGGCGACCGUGUCCUGAUCAGAGGCGGUACAACGUCUGUUGGUCUUACGGCAAUCUCGAUUGCCAAAGAACUAGGUGCCCAUGUAGCCGCCACAAGCCGAAAACCCGAACGCGAGUCCCUCCUCCGCGAAUAUGGUGUUGACGAGUUUCUCGUCGACGACGGUGCCAUUGGCAAACAGAUCAAAGACGAAAGCCAGAAAUUCGAUAAAAUCCUCGAACUAGUCGGUGCAGUGACACUGCAAGACUCCUUCCAGUGCGUUGCCCCCGGCGGCACCGUUAGUUUUACCGGGAUCGUCGGCAAUUCCCGGCAUAUUGACCAGUUCUCGCCUAUGGAAAUUAUGCCCCGGGGAACUUAUCUCACUGUCUAUGGUGGCUGGGCCCCCGAAUUUAUGGACACUCCUCUGAACGACAUUGUUCAAAAGGUGGAGGCUGGCAAAUUCAAGAUCAAAGUGGGCAAGGUGUUUAAUAUUGACCAGAUUGCGGAGGCUCACCAGUGCAUGGAAGCUAACGCCGCCGAGGGCAAGAUUGUAAUCCUAACUGACUAG